AUGGGCCUCGGCCUCUCCGAUCCGUUGGCCGACCACCCGUGCUCGCGCCUUGAAUCAUUGCCCGUGGAAAUCUUGCAGUUGAUAUUUCUUCACAGCCUUGAAGUGAACCUCCCUCGUGCCUCACUACGCCUCAGCCAAGUACUGUCCACUCCAUUGCUCUAUACCUGGCUCAUUCGGCUUGCAUUCAGCAGUCCCAAUUCAGGCUCACGAGAGGGCUUCUUUACCCCGGAUUUCCUACCCCCACCCUUGGACUUCUGGGCAUUAUCCUGGGAAGAGCGCCAACAAUUACAGACUAACCUGUUGGCAUGUCGGUGGUGCACAUUUCCCCUAUUCCGGAGAUGUCAGCGUGAGUACGUUGACCAUGCCAUCCGACGCAAAUGUGCCGGCCUUGUCUUCCAUCCGGACGACCAAGCAGUGCUAUCAAAUCUGGAACCACACUUUGAAAACCUAGAGGCCUGUGACUGGGCCGUACUCGGCCGGCGUGGGAAAGGGGAUCUGGUCAUCCCCGCGCAGCUGAAGAAAACCUCGCGGACUUUGUCGUCCCGCACCGUCGACCGCAAAGUGGCAAUAUGGUUCCACUUUGGCGCCGUUCAGAUCCGUGAACCAAGUGAGAUAUACUACGAGAACGAUCUCUUCCGGCUGCCGUGCUCAGUGGCUAUUGGACCUGGCCGCAUUCCAGAUAAAGUCUUGCGCAUGCCCUGGUCAGAUGCGCAGUUUGAGUUCUUGCAGCUGCUCUCUGCGGACUUCUACCUGGAUGAGGAUGAGGCCCAGCCGGAUCGCUCCUCUGAGAUCACAUACCGUCUCAUUCGAACGCGCAAGAUCGAGCCUUUUCGUCGCUUGCUGAGUAUACCGUUUCGCGCUGCAAACUGUCGUGUUAUUGCUCGUUGGCCGCUACAGCAUUCACAUUAUUCCCUCGUCCGGCGCCAUGGGAGUGGACCUGGAGAUCCAUUUGCAAAUGUCAUCUUAAAUGAGCGUUGGGAUGAUUUGCCGGCAGAAGCAAAGCAGGAUUUGUUGCAAUAUGUCCAGUCGUCCACGCCGCAAGAUGAAAGUUGA